UGUGUGUGUGUGUGUGUGUGUGUAUAAUCUGCCUCCUCUCGUGUUGAUGUCGACGCGCUGCAGACCGACUGUGGCUGGAGAAUAAACGGGCCCGAAAUAAAAAAAAAAAAACAAAACACCCUCAGCAGGAGCGACGCACGCCACGAGCCCACGAGUCACAACCCAACCGGGUCCGAAAGACCAUGAGCCUGCCUCGGCCGGACGAGUUCAAGCCUCCUCCAGAGUGCCCGGUCUUCGAGCCCAGCUGGGAAGAAUUUCGAGAUCCUUAUGCUUUUAUCAACAAGAUCAGACCCAUCGCAGAAAAGACCGGGAUCUGCAAAGUCCGGCCGCCGCCGGACUGGCAGCCACCAUUUGCCUGCGAUGUUGACAAGCUUCACUUUGUUCCUCGGAUCCAGCGGCUCAAUGAACUGGAGGCACAGACGAGGGUCAAGCUCAACUUUUUGGACCAGAUUGCCAAAUUUUGGGAUUUGCAGGGAUGUACCCUGAAGAUCCCUCAUGUGGAGAGGAAAAUUUUAGACUUAUAUAAACUAAACAAGCUCGUUGCAGAUGAGGGUGGAUUUGACAUCGUCUGCCAGGACAGGCGUUGGACAAAGAUUGCAGUUCAAAUGGGUUUCUCUCCUGGCAAAGCUGUGGGCUCCCACCUGCGAGGGCAUUACGAGAGAAUCCUCUAUCCCUACAAUCUGUUUCAGAGCGGAGCUAACCUGCUGGCACAAGAAACAGCUUCCAAACUGAUGCGUUUGGAGGCUGAUCCUGAUCAUGAAAAGUGUGUUCAAAAGACCGACCAGCCAGCAGAAGACAAAGAUAGCAGCGAGCCCAAGCUGCAGGAGCAGAUCCAGAGGCCGCCGGCUCCCACUCCUGAUGCCAGCCCCAGUGCUCGCCGAGCCAAGCGCAUGAAGAUCGAGACGACCUGUGUAAAGACUGAGCCAGGUGAGAUGGGUGAUAGCAAGCCCAAUCUGAGGAGGAGGAUGGGCUCUAUUGUUGUCAAGCAAGAACCAGGUUUCCUACCGCCUGCCGAAAAACCCAUCCCAAUUCUAGUGAAACAGGAACCGGUUGAGUUUAAGGAACCAAUAAUGGAAGCAGACAAAUUCAAGUCUCGCUACAAGAAGAUGAUUCCUCUCGUUCCUCCAAGUCCAGUGGAUCUGGUAGUGUGUCUGGUGUGUGGCAGCGGAGGCGACGAGGACCGGCUGCUGCUGUGUGACGGCUGUGACGACAGCUACCACACCUUCUGUCUGAUCCCUCCGCUGCACGACGUCCCUAAAGGAGACUGGAGGUGCCCCAAGUGUCUGGCUCAGGAAUGCAGCAAACCGCAUGAGGCGUUCGGGUUUGAACAGGCACACAGGGACUAUUCUCUGCGUGCAUUCGGGCAAAUGGCAGAUGCUUUCAAAUCCGACUACUUCAACAUGCCGGUUCACAUGGUACCCAUGGAGCUGGUAGAGAAGGAGUUUUGGCGCCUGGUUGGAGCCAUUGAGGAGGAUGUUACUGUAGAGUAUGGAGCUGAUAUUGCCUCGAAGGAGUUUGGGAGUGGAUUCCCCAUCCCCAAUGGAAAAUUUAAGGUUUCCCCAGCAGAUGAGAAAUACCUCAAAUGUGGCUGGAAUCUGAACAAUCUGGCAAUGAUGAACCCAUCAGUUCUGACUCAUGUGACAGCUGACAUCUGUGGGAUGACGCUGCCCUGGCUUUACGUCGGCAUGUGCUUUUCCUCCUUCUGCUGGCACAUCGAGGAUCACUGGAGCUACUCCAUCAACUACUUGCACUGGGGGGAACCUAAGACCUGGUAUGGCGCUCCUGGUUUUGCUGCCGAGCAGCUGGAGAAGGUUAUGAAGAAGCUGGCUCCAGAGCUGUUUGACUCUCAGCCUGAUCUCCUGCACCAGCUGGUCACCAUCAUGAACCCCAACACACUGAUGGCACACGGAGUCCCGAUUUACAGGACUAACCAGUGCGCUGGUGAGUUUGUCAUCACGUUUCCCCGAGCUUAUCACAGCGGCUUUAAUCAGGGCUUUAACUUUGCCGAGGCCGUCAACUUCUGCACUGUGGACUGGAUGCCCCUUGGCAGGCAGUGUGUGGACCACUACCGUCUGCUGCAUCGGUACAACGUCUUUUCCCACGAUGAGAUGGUGUGCAAUAUGGCCACUAAAGCAGGCACACUUAAUGUGGUAUUGGCCUCAGCCGUCCACAAGGACAUGGCCCUCAUGAUCAAAGAAGAGCAGGAACUAAGGGACAAAGUCAAGAAAAUGGGUGUGGUGAAUUGCAAGGAGGCAAAAUAUGAUAAUCUCCAAGAUGAUGAGCGGCAGUGCGCCACAUGCAGGACCACCUGCUACCUCUCUGCCAUCACCUGCCCCUGUAGACCAGGAGUCCUGGUCUGUCUGUACCACAUCAACAACCUCUGCUCCUGCCCUGUCUCCAAUUACGUUCUCAACUACAGAUACACCAUGGAUGACCUGUUCCCCAUGAUGAACGCCGUGAAGCAGCGAGCUGAGCUCUAUGAUGAAUGGGCUUUUCGUGUGACAGCGACCCUGGAGGCUAGGCUGGAAAAGAAAAAAGGUCUGCCUGUCUUUCGCUCCCUUCUCGCUGAGUCAGAGUCCAGGUUGUUCCCUGACAACGACCUGCUGCGGCGGCUGCGUCUGGUCACACAAGAUGCAGAGAAGUGUGCCUCAGUGGCUCAGCAGCUACUGAAUGGCAAAAAGCAGACCAGGUAUCGAUGUGGAAGUGGAAGGUCCCGCAGCCAGUUAACAGUGGAAGAGCUCAGCUCGUUUGUGAGGCAGCUGUACAACCUCUGCUGCAGCCUCCCUCAGGCGCCUCAGCUGAAGGAACUGUUGAAUCGGAUUGAAGACUUCCAGCAGCACAGCGAGAAGGUCUUAGCAGAGGAAUCCCCCAGUGUUGCAGAGAUCCAGAGCCUUCUAGACGUCAGCUUUGAUUUCGAUGUAGACCUGCCAGAACUGCCGCUACUGAGGGAGAGGCUGGAGCAGGCAAGGUGGCUGGAGGCGGUGCAGGGGGCCAGCUCCCAGCCUGCCACACUCACCUUAGAGGCCAUGAGGAGACUCAUCGACCAGGGAGUCGGGUUGGCACCUCACCCGUCCGUGGAGAAAGCUAUGGCACGCCUCCAAGAGCAGCUCACUUUGUCGGAGCACUGGGAGGAUAAGGCGAGCAGCCUGCUGCAGGCCAGACCCCCCCACUCAAUAGAAACACUUAGCGCCGCUGCUGAACAGGCCUCAGUAAUCCCCGCUCAUCUCCCAAACUGUCUGCUCCUGAAAGACACCAUCAGGAAAGCCCAGGAGUGGCUUCAAGAAGCAGAGGAGCUCCAGGUGAGUGGAUGUGUGAUGACGGCAGACAGCCUGUCUGACAUGGUGCUACGAGGACAGGCCAUCCAGGUGCAGCUGGAGCCCUUAGAGAGGCUGGAGUAUUUGUUGGCAAACGCGCAGGAGUGGAAAGAAUCUGCAGCAGCAACGUUCCUUUUAAAGGACUCAUCUCUUACUCUGCUAGAGGUCCUGUGUCCAAGCUUUGAAGUCGGAACUCUCAGUACCUCAAAGAGGAAGGCCAAGAAGGGGAAAGAAUACCCGAAAAAUAACAAAAAGAAACCUGCACGGCUUAACUCUCUCCGUGAGGUGGAAAAAGCUCUUUCAGAGAGCACGGACUCUACAUCUGCUAUGGCGACUCUGGAGGAGCUGCGUGUCAGGGAGAUGGAGACCUUCUUUAAUCUCAGGGCAGCGAAUGAGUCAAAGCUCCUUCCCACGGCGGACUGCAUGGACCUGAAGGUGUGUUUCUGCCAGAAGGCGCCCAUGGGAGCAAUGCUGCAGUGUGAGCUCUGCAGGGACGCCUUCCACAGCGUCUGCGUCAGGGACCCAUCCGACAGCUUUGAAACGCAGCCGUGGCUCUGUCCACACUGCCAGCGGUCAGAGAAGCCCCCGCUAAGCAAAGUCUUCUCUCUGCUGACGUCUCUGCGAAGCGUAGGCGUCCGUCUGCCAGAGGGCGACGCUCUGAACUAUCUGGUAGAUAGGACACUUAACUGGCAGCAGCGAACGCAGCAGAUUUUAACAGAUUGUCACCUGCCGGAGUUAGAAGAGAGACCAGAAACCCCUCCAACACUAACCCACUGGGUGUCAGGCUGCGACAACACUCAUACCAACACUCAGGCUCCGUGUUUGACUCCAGAGUGGAACAGGACAAGCCAUGCUCAGACUGUCUUUUACACUGAGCAGAGAUGCAUCCCACUGCAGGGCUUGAACAGCGAGCUGGAGGAGCUGAUGGUGGAGGGGCUCCUGCUUCAGGUGUCUUUGCCGCAGGUCCACAGCCUCUACCAUAUUUUACUGGACAGAGCCAACAGCCAGCACCCCAACCGACCGGCGUCACCUCCAAAGGAGGAGCCCUCAGACCAAGGAAAACACAUGCAGUUCAUCUCUCAGGGAACAAAUAUGGCACUGAACCAGGAUGGAAGCACCAGCACCAGGGACACCAUGACCCCCUCAGAAAGGAAAGCAAAGAGGCGUCUGGAGAGGGGAGGAUUACCGGACGCAGAGCCCAGGGGAAGAGAUAAAAAACACUCUCACAAAAGACAAAAGGUGAAUAAAAAGAAGCCCCAGCGCCGACCAGCUUCUACCUCAUCCUCCCCGCGCUCUGACUUCUCCCAGUCUGAUGACUCUGAUGAGGAAAUGGCUGUGUGUCCUGCUGAAAGCUGUCUGCUGCCAGAAGGAGAUGAGGUGGACUGGGUCCAGUGUGACGGCAGAUGCAACCAGUGGUUUCACCAAGUCUGUGUCGGCGUCACGCCAGAGAUGGCCGAGAAGGAGGACUACGUUUGUGUGUCAUGCACGCUGAACGAUCGACAGAUCAGAAAGUGAAGAAAAUGCGGUUUUACUUUUUUUGUUUUGGAGGGGGGGUCUGCAGGUCAUCGGUCCGUUCCUGAAGCCUGGAGUCAGGCUGUGUCACUGAUCCCGUUCCCGAUUCACUGAUCCCCACACAGUCCCACCUGUCUGACCCUUUUGUAACAAUGGUGCUAUCUCCUCUUUGACUUGUCGUCUGGGACUAUAAUGUUUAGGGUUUUUUUGUAUUUUUACAUAUAUUAUAUAUAUAUAUUUCUUUCUUUCUUAUGAAUUGUUUGCAGUUGUCUAAAUGGAAAAAAGAAAUACAGAACGUUAAGUGUGCUGCAUGGGUCUAUAUUUCAUCAGCACCAAGGAGUCUUACACCACCUUCCCCAAGUAAAAACCGUUAAAGGAAUAAAAUGUAUCCUCUUUUGAACCUCUUUGCAUGUUUAACAGAAUUAUGGGGAAUGAAAAGGAGUUAUUAAUCCCAUUGAAACCCCUCAAAAAUAACAAUGAUAGUUUUAUUUGAUUUUUUUUUUUAAACCUCUGUGUUUAGUCCAUGCAUCUUAAUUCCUGUUUUUGAUUUGUAGAAUAGGUUUUAUUUAUCUGAGCAAUAAUUAUUUCAUUUUUUUGUUGUAAUUUGACAGCUUGGUCUCUGCUAAGAUGUGUUUUAGAGAUGAUGUUGUGAUUUUAAGAGGGUUACUCAGACAGACGGGUCGCAGCAGAACACGCUGAAGGAAAAAACAACUCUGCGCUGACAUGCAGAUCUGAAAGAUGGUAACCCAGAAUACAAUACAGAGGAAAGGUAAAGAUGUUAGAGGUUUAUAUUGUGGAAUAAAGCCCUUUUGUUCUAUGAAGA